AGGUCGAAACCUCUUUUCCAUCAUGGCAAGAUAUCGAAAAAUCAAUAAUUGAUAUAUUGAGAGCAGGAAACUUUUAUAACAAGGAUAGAAAUAAAGGAUUCAUGGAUUAUUAUAAAAAGCAACUUGAUGAAUUGUAUAAAUCAGAAAAUCAAGAGCAAUAUAUUAUAAUCAAAGCCAGAUCACUUCUUCUCAAUGAAGAGAUAUAUGAUACAAAAAUAAAGGCGUUUUCUAAUUCUUAUUAUAAAAGUGAACCAAAAAUCAAACAAGCUAUUUUAAACUAUCUUAAACUAAUUCACAAAAUCGCUAAAGA